AUGAGCAGCAACCCCUAUCUGGACGGCCCUCUGCCGUCAGACCUGGGCAACAUGGUCAGCCUCACCGACUUUGUGAUGGAGUUUGCAGCCUUCAACGGCACCAUGCCUGAUUCCAUCACCAAACUCACCCGCCUCUCCCGCAUUCUGAUGGACAACUGUCGUUUCACGGGCUCCAUCCCACAAGGCCUCAGCAACCUCAAGGCGCUCACUGUGCUCUAUUUGGAAGGCAACCGCUUCUAUGGAAGCUUCCCCUCAGGCAUCCUGCAGCUUCCUCAGCUCUCUCUCGUCAACCUACACGACAACCAGUUUUCCGGUCCGCUCCCUACUGGAUUCCUCAACAGCACGUUGCUCACAGCCGGCCAAUACAACAUGCACCACAACUUCUUCUACGGAACCGCGUCCCUGUUCCCCGUACACUAG